AUGGAGGGAAGCAGGACUUACCAAAACAGGAAUUCAUUGGCACUGCUAUAUUUGAGAUCAUGUGUACACUAUGAAUCGAUCAAGCUAUCUGACAUGCAUUUCAUACACCGUUCAACCAUUGAGGGACAAGCACAGAAGUUAUGUGAAAGGGCUAAUCACAAUGGUAUCAUUCACCAUUCCCUUUAUCAAAUGGACCAUGCCCCUUAACAAUCAAAGGCUAGCCAUGGAGUAGUUAAGAGGUCUGAAGUUGCAGUUCUGG